UUUGCGUGCUACGUGGAUGGCAUUCGACUGCGUCCCUAGGGCGAAACUAUUUGAAAAACUGAAAGCAGUAGGUGUUACUGGGCGUUUCCUCGACAUAAUCCAAUCAAUGUACUCAAAUGACAAGUCUUCCGUAAAAAUUGGAAGCUCCAUAACUGAAUCCUUUCGAUGCUACGCAGGCGUGAAACAAGGCUGUAUGAUUUCGCCAACGUUGUUUAAUUUUUACUUGAGCGACCUCCCAGAAAAACUAAAUGAAAAAUACCGAAAUGAUAUUGACCUAAACGGUGUGCCAUUAAGUUGCAUUCUCUAUGCCGACGACUUAGUUAUCCUAUCAAAAUCAGCAAAGGGCCUGCAAGAAUAUCUGAACAGCCUCGAAGAAUAUUGCAAAGCAUCCGAACUAUCCAUCAAUCUAGAUAAAACAAAAGUAAUGAUUUUUAAUAACACCGGGAAAACUAUGAAUAAUUACAGAAUCUUUUACGGAACCAAGUUUCUAAAAUGGCUUCUCGGCGUAAACCGAUACUGUAGCUCGAACGCGUGUAGGGCUGAAUUAGGACGAUUCCCUCUCAGAAGAAAAGCAAAGUGUAGAGCGAUCAAACUUUGGCUUAAACUUUCAAACAACAAUGGGAAUAACGAAAAACUCUCCCGCAAAGCAUUCGCUACCAUAUCUAAUUAUGAAAACAAGAACUUUUGGCAUAGAAAAAUUAAACAAAUACUAGACCUUGCGGGUAGGAGCGAUAUUUGGCUGACUGACACAAACACUCCCGAAGCAACUUACAGUUUUCUUCAACAAAGGCUUUAUGACAUCGAACAACAGACAUGGCUUAGCUCUAUUCAAAAUGACAACAGAAAAGACCAAGAACAAAAGAACAAAUUGCGUACGCUCAGAAAGUUUAAACUGUCCCACAAUUUAGAAGAUUAUCUAACGGACGUAAAAAAUAUUGACCAUAGGAUUGCCCUUACUAAAUUCAGGCUAAGCAAUCAUAAGCUAGCAAUUGAAACUGGAAGGUAUGAAAAGCCAUAUAAACAACCUAACGAAAGAAAAUGCUUAGUAUGCCAGACAGGUAAAGUGGAGGAUGAAGAGCAUUUUCUGUUAGAAUGUCCGGCCUAUAAAGAUGAUCGGGAUAAUUUACUGGAUUUCCUUAAAACGCAUGCAGGUAUCAAUGUUAGACACCAUGCCAACAAAGAAAAUAACUUCGUCAGAAUUAUGGGAUUGAGCCGGAAUGAAAACGUGAAUCGGCGCUUAGCGAAACAUAUUUUUGAAUGUAUGAAGGCAAAAAAUGUGAAGCUUGAUGAUUACGUACGGUGACGUCACCUAAUCAUUCGAAACAAGAAAAAAAUGCAGAGGGCAAAGUAAGAAAAACAUAUUAUUUGUGGAUUUACGCCGAUGUAAAUGUUUUAUAAGGUGCCAUGAAUAAAAUCUAUCUAUCUAUC